GCGCAUGUGCGCUCGCCUCUAGGGCGGCCCUAGCUGCUGGUCUUGUACCUCUAUGGUCUCGCCCUAGAGCUUCGCUAUUUUGGGGCAGUGGCCGCAGUCGUGUGAGUAGCAGGCCCCAAGUGACAGCAGCAUGGAGGAAUUCGACUCCGAAGACUUCUCCACGUCGGACGAGGAUGAGGACUACGUGCCGUCGGGUGGAGAGUACAGUGAAGAUGAUGUCAAUGAAUUAGUGAGGGAGGAUGAAGUGGACGGCGAUGAGCAGGCUGAGAAAACCAAAGGGAAAAGAAGGAAGACUCCGAGCAUUCCAGCCAGGAAGAGGAAACAAAGUGGCCUCUUGUUAGACGAAGAGGAAGAUGGCAAGGAAGACUCCGGAGGUAGCAGUAGUGAAGAGGGUGAAGAGGAGCAGGAAGGAGGCCCUGGGUCAGAGAAUGCGAGGAAGAAGAAGGAGGAUGAACUGUGGGCCAGCUUCCUUAAUGAUGUGGGACCAAAGUCAAAAACAGGCCCAAGUUCACAAGCUAAGGAAGCAGAGGAGACUGAAGAGACCAGCUCAAGUAAACCGCUGGCCAAAGCGGAUGAGCUAGAGAAACCUAAAGAAUCAGAAAAGGUGAAGAUUACCAAGGUGUUUGACUUUGCUGGCGAAGAAGUAAGGGUGACUAAGGAAGUAGAUGCCGCCUCUAAGGAAGCCAAGUCUUUCCUCAGACAGACAGAGAAAGAAACACCACAGGCUCUUGUCACUUCAGCCGCGACACCACUCCCUCCUGGGUCAGGGAUAAAAAGAACAAGUGGUAUGAGCAGCCUUUUAGGGAAAAUUGGAGCCAAAAAACAGAAAAUGAGCACCCUUGAGAAAUCCAAAUUGGACUGGGAGAGCUUCAAGGAGGAAGAAGGGAUUGGUGAAGAACUGGCUAUCCAUAACCGAGGGAAAGAAGGGUACAUUGAACGGAAAGCUUUUCUGGAUCGAGUGGACCACAGGCAGUUUGAAAUUGAGCGAGAUCUCAGGCUGAGCAAAAUGAAACCUUGACAUUCUGGGGAUAAUCCAUCGCAGCCUAAUCCUGUUGACAAUGUGAGCUCUUCUGUGUGUCUGUGAAAUAUUUCCAGUGUUCUUCAUCAUGUUUCCAGCAAGUCCCUUUUUCUACGUUGCAGUUUGUUUAAUGUAUCUUAAUCUCACUUGGUUUCAUUCAUUUUCCUUUUUAAAAUUUGUCUUUAAAUAAACAAACAGAACCCUCUGUGAGAUUGGUAAAA